GCGCCCGUGGGACCGCUGGACCUUUCGUCAGCAUCCGUGAGCGCGGAACCGCGGUGGCUGCGGGCAGAGGGCUGCGAGCUGCUGCAGCGUCGGCGGGAACGGAGCGGGAGCCGAGCCCGGCGGGUUUGUGAUCAGCCACGGGCAGUCUGCGUAGUGCUUGAUCACUUCACCAAGUGACUUGUGGAAGUCAGCGUGCCGAGUGACUGCUGAAAGAGAGCUCCUAAGGACAAACAUGCGGGGCGCAGCCAAGCCCUGGAACCCGGUCGUCAAAGCAGGGACCCAUUGCUCUGACCGAGCCCGGCCCCUCCCGGCAGCCUCUUCCGGCAUGAAGAAUUCCAAGUCUUCCACCUCCUUGGCUUUCGAGUCCCGGCUCAGCAAGCUCAAGAGAGCCAGUAGCGAGGACAUGCUCAACAAGCCCGGAAGUACCUCCUCAUCAGGGGUAGCGCGACUGAAAAAGACUGCAACAUCCGGAGCCAUCUCUGAGCUUGCCGAGAGCCGCCUGAGGACCACUGCAGUUCCAACAACCAAACGGACAGGCAUUCCAGCUCCCCGGGAACUCUCAGUAACUGUCUCAAGAGAAAGGUCUGUUCCACGAGGUCCCUCCAACCCAAAGAAAUCAGGGUCCAGUCCAACUUCGUCCUGCACUCACACCCCUACCAAGCACCUAAGGACCACUUCUACAAAACUCAAGCAAGACAAUGAAGCGGGGGAGAAGGCUGUGCUUGAGUCCCAAGUUCGCGAACUUCUAGCAGAAGCCAAAGCCAAAGAUAGUGAAAUCAAUAGGCUUCGAAGUGAACUGAAGAAAUGCAAGGAGAGAAGGGCCCUGAGCACCGAGGGGACUGAGGCUUCGGACCCAAGCUCGGAUGGAGCAUCAGCCCUACCAGGAGACACAGAACCUUUGAUAAGAACCCUUGAGGAGAAGAACAAGACCUUUCAGAAAGAGCUUGCUGACCUAGAAGAAGAAAACCGAGUUUUGAAGGAAAAACUGACUUACCUUGAGCAGUCACCACAUUCAGAAGGGGCAGCAAGCCACACUGGUGACAGCAGCUGCCCAACAUCUGUAACUCAAGAGUCAAGCUUUGGAAGUCCAAUUGGAAAUGAACUAUCAAGUGAAAUUGAUGAGUAUAAGAAAAACACAUAUGGAAAUACAUUACGGACAUCUGGUUCUUCAAGCAGCGAUGUUACCAAAGCUUCUUUGUCACCAGAUGCCUCAGAUUUUGAGCACAUCACCACUGAUAGCCUGUCUCGGCCCCUGUCCUCCUCUAGCAACCCUUUUAAGAACUCCAAGUGUUCAACUACUGGAAGUUCUCCAAACAACGCAAGUGAGCUGUCCCUUGCUUCCCUUACAGAAAAGAUACAAAAGAUGGAAGAGAAUCACCACAGCACGGCAGAGGAACUACAGGCCACUCUACAAGAGUUAUCAGAUCAGCAACAAAUGGUGCAGGAACUGACAGCUGAGAACGAGAAGCUGGUGGAUGAGAAGACUAUUUUAGAGACAUCCUUCCACCAGCAUCGGGAGAGGGCAGAGCAGCUAAGUCAAGAAAACGAGAAACUGAUAAACCUUUUACAAGAGCGAGUAAAGAAUGAUGAGCCCAGCGCCCAAGAAGGGAAAAUCCUUGAGCUAGAGCAGAAAUGUACAGAUAUUCUCGAGAAGAGCCACUUUGAGAGAGAGAAGCUGCUCAACAUUCAGCAGCAGUUGACCUGUAGCUUACGGAAGGCUGAGGAAGAGAACCAAGGUGCUUUGGACAUGAUCAAACAUCUGAAAGAAGAAAAUGAAAAGCUGAAUGGGUUUCUAGAACGAGAGCGGUGUAGCAACAGUGCGAUGACCAAAACUCUGGAAGAGUGUAGAGUUACCCUGGAAGGCUUGAAGAUGGAGAAUGGGUCCUUGAAGGCUCAUCUGGAAGGGGAGAAGCAAAAAGCCUCGGAGACCAGUAGUGCCUUGGGGCAGACAGCAGAAAACUGUGAGCUUCAGGAAAUGUUAAAAGUGGCUCAAGCUGAGAAAGAUCAGCUGGAACAGUCUUGCACUGAGCUCAGACAAGAAUUGCUAAAAGCAAAUGGUGAAAUUAAACACAUUUCAAGCCUACUAGCUAAGAUGGAAAAAGAUUAUUCUUACCUGAAGGAUAUUUGUGAUCAUCAAGCAGAACAGCUGAGCAGAACAAGCCUAAAACUGCAAGAGAAGGCAUCAGAGAGUGAUGCAGAGAUAAAAGACAUGAAAGAAACCAUAUUUGAAUUGGAAGAUCAGGUGGAACAGCACCGGGCUGUCAAGUUACACAACAAUCAGCUCAUCAGUGAGCUAGAGAGCAAUGUGAUCAAGCUGGAAGAGCAGAAGUCAGACCUGGAACGGCAGCUGAAGACCCUGACAAAGCAAAUAAAGGAGGAGACUGAGGAAUGGAGGCGGUUCCAGGCAGACCUGCAGACAGCAGUGGUGGUGGCCAAUGACAUCAAAUGUGAGGCUCAGCAGGAGCUACGCACUGUGAAGAGGAGGCUGUUGGAGGAGGAGGAGAAGAAUGCCAGGCUACAGAAGGAGCUGGGGGACAUGCAGGGCCACAGCAGACCUGUGAAUGAAGAGCCAGAGUCCUUGGAGGUCAACUCUGCUGGCCGGUGGCAUGGUGUGUAUGUCAACAGAACAUCUGCUGCACCUUCGGAGUCUGCAACUACUGUUAAGUCACUGAUCAAGUCAUUUGACUUGGGACACCCAGGUGGAACGGGGCAGAAUAUUUCCAUCCAUAAGGCUCCCAGAAGUCCACUCAGUGGGAUACCAGUGAGGACCACUCCAGCAGCUGCUGUCUCUCCCAUGCAGAGGCAUUCAACUUACAACAGCCUCCGGCCAGCCAGCAAAGGAAUGACUCAGCGUUUGGAUAUCCCAGACCUUCCUCUCUCAGAUCUUCUGAAGGGAAGGACUGAGGACCUGAAGCCAGACCCUUACCUGCGGAAGAGUCCUUCACUGGAGUCACUGAGCAGACCCCCCUCCCUGGGCUUUGGGAGUACCAGGCUACUAAGUGCCUCCACUGGAGGGUUGAAGCCACCGAGCAAACUCAGUGUGGAAAGAAGAGACCCUCUGGCAGCCUUAGCCCGGGAGUAUGGUGGCUCCAAACGCAACGCGCUAUUGAAAUGGUGCCAGAAGAAGACAGAAGGUUAUGCGAACAUUGACAUCACCAAUUUCAGCAGUAGCUGGAGCGACGGCCUGGCCUUCUGUGCUCUGCUGCACACCUACCUGCCUGCCCAUAUCCCGUACCAGGAGCUGAACAGUCAGGAGAAGAAACGGAAUCUGUUGUUGGCAUUUGAAGCAGCGGAAAGCAUAGGGAUCAAACCCAGCCUGGAGCUCAGUGAGAUGCUGUACACAGACCGGCCUGACUGGCAGAGUGUGAUGCAGUAUGUGGCCCAGAUCUACAAGUACUUUGAGACGUAAACCAUCUCAUCAGCCACUGCUGCCUGCAGUCUGUCCUGGAAGCGCCUGGUCACUGUCCAGUGGCCCAGCUCUGCCCACUGCCCAGCCGUCUGGAUUUCCAAGGAAGGCCAAAGCCAAGUGGAUCAACACUCAAGAAACAGCCGAGUUCCACCGUGUCCCUAUCUCAAAAGCAAAUGCAAUUGGAGUAUAAAUUAGGGGAUCUUUGCUCUUCUGGAAGGUUCCAUAGAAGAUGCCACCCUCCUUCUAGAUCAAGAUCCCAUUUCCAGGUUCAUUUCUGUGAGAACCCAGGACAACAUCGUCAAUCCUGUUUGGUGACUUGAUGCAUAGUCUGCACAGAUUCAUGACAAACAGCACCUCUGAACUAGGCUUUUUUGUUUGUUUUUUCACUAAAAAAAAAUGUAGCUUUCUCCUUUAUCAAAACUUUGCCCUUGUCUUCCCACCCUACUCCCCAAAAACCCCAUACCCCACAAAAUACAACAAAUCCUUUACUCAGAGCAGCCUGGAAACACCUUGGCCUUGCCAUUUGGGGGAACUACCAUCAAGUUCUAAGUAACAAUUUUAACAUUCAUUAGAACUUGAUUACAUUUCUAGAUCCCACAGUCUCUUAGUUGGUUCUUUGGAUGUGCACAGAAGCCCCAGCUCCUUGCUGGAGGCUCCCUGUGGGCCACCCCAGCCGAGGAAGUGUGUGCCGAGUGGCUCAUGGUCAGAAGUGCCACCACGGCAACUGUCCGCAGUGACUUUCCUCCUCGCACUUACUCAGCUUCCCGUUCACACCCACACACAUUUGUUCAACACGCAGACCUUGACCGAAGGCCACUUGUAUGUGUGUGAAACGGCCGGUGUCUGUUGUGAUCUUCACUGAUUUGCACAGUUGCCUCUGGUGGAAGCCUGGGGAAGGUUAAGAAUGUGUAUCUCUUGGUAUUCCAGGCAGACAGCACAUCUAAACAGUACUUCAGCUGUAUACAAAUUUAAGUUUUGGUACUUCAUUUGGUCUUUCACAUUUGCAUGGCCAAAAAAAGCCUUUAGUGUAGGCAAGGAUGGCUCCAUUUAUAACAACACAACUUUCCUAAAAUUCCACCAGUUUCCUGAGUAGCAGCAGGACCCUCCUCAAAGUGCUGGGCCCCGGUGUCUGUACAGUAGAUCUCUGGUAUUCUUGGACAAAGAAGUGUGCGUUUAUAGCAGGUGAAGAUGCUAGUCACAGGCAGCUGUAAAUGCCACCACCUGCUUUUUCACGUGCUGAGUAGCACUGUGUUUGUGCCUGUCUGACAAAGGGUCAGUGUGCAAGUCCCGUAGGUUUAUAGUUGCUGCCAAAAUUUAUUUAAAGUGAAUUUCUUAUUGCUGAUCUGAGCCACACGUUCAGAGCCAGGUUCCAAGGGCCAUAGGUUGAACCCUGCCCUGGGAACCACAUGGGCUCUGUUCUCUUCUCCAGGCUGGCUCUUGGCAGAGGUAGCAGUGGGGCCCUGCUGGUCAGGCCAGCCAACUCUCAAGCUGCCUCAACUGGUGCAGGACGAGAGCCUCCGCCUCCCAGCCGUGUCUGUGGUUGGCAGCUAUGGCUCAGUGUCUGAUCCCCUGGGGAGCUUCUGGAACCCACACGCCCAACCUGCCCAGUUCAGUGAGUCAGUAUCGGAAACAAGAAGCCCGAUGUACUCUACACAGUCUGUGCAUGGGCAGAGCCCUGCGACUCUACAGCCGCACAGAGGGGACCGCACCUUUCAUGGGCGGUUCAGUGGCACUGGAGCAGCAGGAGCUCCUGAGCAGCUCUCGGGACCAGAGUUAGUUACAUAACUGGCCCCUGGGCUUUCAGGUAGAAACUGAGGCUCAGUUGGAACAAAGGUAACUUGUUCCUUCCUGAUGAAUGUAUCCACAUGAUACCUGUGCUACCUGUUGCUUCCUGUACCUGUCUUUUGUUGACAUAACUGAUGCUGUAUCUUCACCGUCUCCAAGCUUCAGCUUUGCCCAGGUAGGAAGAAGUACUGUUCCAAGUCACUGGGUUAAUCAGCCAGUGAUUGUGUUUAAACUGGAAUUAUCCUAGGCCAGCGAUGGUGAACCUUUUAGAGACGAGUGCUCAAACUGCAACGCAAACUGCCAACUGCAAUUAAACAGGAAUACUAGUUUUAGCUUAGAAAAAGUAACUCAUACAUUAACAUCUUUUGUUUUAAAAGAAAAACAAUAAGAUAUGUGCCAUAGGACAUAGGUUUACCACCAUCUCCCUGGGUUUUGUGUGAGCAAGGCAGUAGAGACUGAGGGUUUCCCUGAAGGGUAUUUCGCUUGGCCGAUGCUUGUUUUCAGUGGUAACAUGCAGAGGGUCUAGAUGGAACCAUGGAAAUAGAGGCCUCUGUGCUGGACAUAGCUUCCCCUCAGGUACCCUCUCCAGUACAAACCCACAGUGUUAAAGGCCGGCCAGACCCAGUCCGCUUUAUCUGUACCCUGUUCAUUUAGGUUGAAAGGAAGGAAAGAAAUGUCCUAUCAACAAAAGGCCAUGCUCAGUUUGUUCUUAUCACUCAAGGAGGCUCCUUGGCUGCCAUUCUCUGCCAGGAGAUGUAGAAGAGGAAUGUUGUGUCCUGUCACAGAAACAGGCGCUGUGGGAGUUUGGGUGUGAGGGUGUUGGGAUGGGGUGAGGAGCCAGGCCCUCCUGCACCACCUGCGCCCGAGGUGAGGUGCCAACCAGCUGGCCUUGGAAGUGUGGGAUCUGGGGAGAGCUCAGAGCACAAAACCAAAUGUGGAAAAUCAGUAAACUGAAAAAACAAAGUACUGAGCUCUCUUACAUUUUCUCUACUUCUACUGAGUUAAUUGUAUCAUUCAUCCGCAGUGUCUGUCCUGGGUUUUCAAAGGCCAUAAUAGUUGUGUAUGUGUCUUCCCUUCUCUGUUCUGCCGAUACUUACUAAAAUUAUCUGAUAGUUCUGCAGAUACAUUUUUAAUAUGUAAUAUUUAUACAAAAACAGCUGUGAGAUGGGAGAUCCUGAGGAGUUAGGAUUUUAGGCGAAUUCUUGGUGUUUUGCAGUUGAGUUGCUUCAUGGAUUUACUCUUGGUGGCUGAUGGGUGAGGUAUUCUGAGCAGCAGUACUCUGAGGAACUUCUUUCUGCCUGGCCUUUUCUCACUGCAAAAACAACGUUGGCCUUUUGUUGUUGUUGUUGUUGUUAUUGUUCUUCUUCAGUUGUUGAUUUGUAGUUUUUGUAAGAAUCUCCAAAUUAAAUGCUGUGACUGAACAACAUGUCCUGUGGAGCCUGGUAACACACAUCUGUAGUCCUAGCUCCUCAGGAGGCUGAAGCGGGGGGGGGUCACUUAAGCCCAGGAAUUUGGCAACAGAUUGAGUACAUAGUCAGACUCCAUCUCAAAGAAAAAAGUCCCAAAGUAUCUGCCAAAAGUCUCAAAGUGUUCUGUUUCCUGCUACCCGUUGAUGUCAGCUGAGCCUCUGAGUCUCUGCCCUCCCCAUUCCCAGCUCCCAGGGGCAGCUGUGCCAAACCCCGCUGCUGCUACAUCCUGCAGCUAGUUCUUACCAUGCCGUGGUUCCAGUGCCAUUUUGAGAUGCAGUAAAAUAUACAAUCUCUCCGCCUUUUAGAAAGUACUUUUAGCCAAGCAUGGUGGCAACAUUCCUGUAACCCCAGCACUCGGGAGGCUGAGGCAGGAGGAUCACUGCGAGUUUGAGGCCAGCCUGGACUGCACAAUGAAACUUUGUCUCAAAAAGACCAAAAUAAAACAGUACUUUUAAUAUCUGUUUGCCUAAGUUCCUGGGAGUUUCAGUAUUCUCACCCAGGUUAAGAGUUUCGCUGAAUCUUUAACAUCUUGAGUAGCUCACUAAUUUUAACUACAUUAGUUGAAUGCAGUUGAUACAUCUGUGGCCUCGUUUCUAUAAAGAGCACACUAGAUUGCACCAAGCACUGUCAGGAAAUGACAUGCAAACAUAGAUAUAUUUAACUAUUAACAUGAAAGUAUAAGAUAUAUGACUAUGUAAUAUUUCUAAUAAAUAUAUUUUGUUUGUCUGCUAA